AUGAGGGACAGCGGAGCCCGCAAACGACGCCGGACGGUGGCCCCUGGACGAAUCCCGCUGCACUGGGCCGCGCGGCCCACCCGCAGGCGUACGCUGUGGCCUCCGCGGUAUCGUCCUCUGGUUUCACUCAACUUCGUGCCCUUCCAAGGAGGACGACCAUCCGAGGAAACAGGAGCACGCGGUGGGCCCAGCAUCUCUGCGAGAACGGACAAGACGUUGCCUUUUGAGUGGAAUGGGUACACGUUCGACUGGUAUACCUGCCGCGACCAAGGGAGCCGCCGCUGCUGCAGCUGUCAGCUGGCACGUGGCUAUACUCCCGGCGAGCCACCCAUUCCACCGCCACUGUUUGGCCGGCCCAGAUCGUUCGUGUGGCAUCAAACGUCCUCGCGCUCCCGGGGCCGCCGAGGAACGCGUCAAGUAUUCCCUCGGAGGUCCCCCGCGCCGCCAUGGACGCCGGGCCCACUCGCGCAGGACAGACCAGAUCCGUACCCGGAAGCAGUAGGCAGCUCGCCGUCGCCGCCGAGGGCGCCACCUUCGUACCGGCCCAGGGACCAUAACCCGAGAAUUCCGCGAAAGGAGAACAAGGCGCCCGCGGGCCAUAUGCACUUGCCGCCUGUCCUGGCAAUGGCGAACAAGCUGCCGUCGCCGACCACGACGACUCACGUGCCGGGCCACCCACCCGUCCCCGCUACGUUCAGGAACAAGAACUCCGCGGCAGUCGUCCCACUACCAUCCUCGCUCAGGGCGGCCUUCGGAGCCGACGACUGCUGCGCAUUGGCAGCCCUGUCGAAGAGAAACGAGGUGCCCGGCAUAGUGUCGCCGAUGAAUCGGGCUUCCAGGAGCGGCGGCAAGUACAGGGCCGCCGGAGGUGGCAACAUGACUGUGCGCCUGUCCCACCACGGUGGCCUUCCCGAGUCCGACGCGCUGGGGGCCAAACCCAAGAAGCCCCCGCGCAUAAACAAUUCUCCGUCGGAACGUUCAGGUGGCAACGCGCCACACACCAGCGGCAACAUGCAAGGCGUUCGCCCGAGCGCCGCCGUUCGGGAACAUCCCCCGGCAUAUAUAGUUCGACGGUCCUGA